AUUUUGUCUACUUUCAUCGGUUACCCAGCAACGAUCUCAAUUCCACGGCCUCGUUACCAUUCUGCAACGGAAAGUUUUCCCGCGUUCAAAUUUUGAAAAUGGCGGUCACAAUCACAGAGAAGUGGAUCUGCGAUAAAGUUAAUUUAAAGCAUGAAAAUCUUGAUGAUGUCAAGUCCUUGUCAUUGCCUGGUUCCUAUCAUGAAAAAGUUUCUCAUAUUGGGAAUUCACUUAGAGGUUUCACAAGACUGAAGUUCCUGGAUCUUUCGCGGAAUGACAUUUCUGUGCUGGAUGGUCUUGAUCAUUUGAAUCUGUUGGAAACACUAAAUCUGUAUUAUAAUAGUAUUACCAGUUUGAAAGAACUGUAUAAACUGAGGCACAAUCACAAUUUAAAGGAAAUUGACAUUCGAUUGAACCCAGUAACAAAGAAUGAGCCAGAUUACCGACUGUUUGUCAUUCACAUGCUGCCAACACUCAAAGUCCUAGAUGAUCGAUCUGUCCGAGACAGCGAAAGAAAAGCUGCCUUAUCACAUUUUGACACUGACCAGGCUGCACAAUUUGAAGAAUCACCUCCAGUAUCAAGGCAAAAACAGGGAUCAACCAAAGCUCAAAGGCAUUCUCGAGCCGAUCUCGUCCAGUCUCUAGGUUCAAGACCAUCAGUUCUAGACGAUGAUGAUGUAGCUUUAAUCGACCUCAUGUCACAAGCAGACAUGAGCAAGAAGGCAAAAAGCAAGUAUCAUGCAGAGACUUAUGCGGUUCCAGAACUAAGGCGGCUACCAUCACCACAUGCAGAAAAGUAUGCAAGAAAACAUAGUUCUGAGGAGGAGCUGGCAGCGACGCAGUUCCAGCGAAGGCAGGUUUCAGACACCAAGGCCCGAAAUGAAUAUGCUACACACGAUGUACAGUUUGAUCACCAACCAUUCGUAUCUGCUGGACACUUUACAGCCCAUCCACGAGGUUCUGUGCCGGGCAAAACGAGCUUUUCUGAAUUGGCACAUGAAGAUGGUACCGAUACUGGCCAAUUAGGCUAUGGGAGGAAAGACUCAUCAAGCAAUUCUGUUAUAAAACCGGAAAGAGGCGUUUUGCACUCUCGUGAGUAUCAUAGUCCGUUCUAUGAAGAAAGGAAGAGAGAAGCAGUGCGGGGAACUGACAGCAACCGUAAAAGUCGUAAAGAGAAUGAUAGCAAAGAGUCGUAUGUAAGCAGCAAAGAUUUUGCAGCAGAAGAAUUGAGUCAUGGUUCUCUCCAAUCUCCUAAGGCCGCACUUUCACAAGAAGAAGUUUCCCGUGGAGGAAGACAAGAUUUCUUACAAAACAUUUUGCUGUUGGUCGACAAGUAUUGGAAUGGGUCUGGGUCUUUACAAACCGAUACCAAAUUUCAAGCCACUGCUAUUAAAUUGAUAACUAAGCAUCUAAGAGACAACGGGGAUGCUAACAACAACGUACACGCAGAAAUUUCAAAGCGUGACAGUGAGAUAGAAGACCUUCGCAGCCAACUGAGCCAAAAAGAGGCAGAGAAUGAGCGUUUCAAAAAGAGGCUACACAACGAAGAAGAAAUCCAGCGUACUAUUGAAUUGGCAGAUCAAGAUCUCAGACGUCUUCAAGUCCGCAUAGAAGAGGUUCAAGCAGAGAACAAAGAGUUGAAAGCAAGAACUUACGAUGUUGAUGCCGAAAGAAAAAAUAUGGAAAGGACCAAAUUUGAAAUUGGCGAACUGCGGCGUGUCAAAGAUGCUCUCGAAAGAGAAAACAGAACACUUUCCCAGCAGUGUGAACAGCAGACAACAACGCUGUCUCAACUGCAAGAACUCACUUCAAUGCUACAAGAAAGCCACAGGUCUCUAGUCGUGACAAAUGACCAUCUUCUCCAAGAGUUGGACGAGACAAGACAGAGACACCAGCAAGAAGUUCAGCAGUUGCACUGGAGUUAUGAGCAGCUAAAGAAAACAGCUGAUUGGUUGCCAAGAUCAGUUAAGUAACUCGGAUUUCUGGCAGUAUGCCUUGUAAUUUGUCCCUAAUCGUACUGCGAUUUUCUGUUGUAUAUUUGGUUUUCUAUUUUUAAUUGUAAUAUAUCUUACAGAAAACCACAGUUAUUAUACGUUGUAUCUUAGAAUUUUCGUAAUGGUGAACUAGCCCAGGCCGAACCCCAGCAUCUCCACGCUACAAACCUAGGUGAAACUUGUAUUUUAGCGCUUGCUGGCUAUUUUUUCCAAUAAUAUUGAUUGACAAAACAGUUUAAAACUGCCGUAGUGAUUGAGAGAUUUAUAGCAACGAUCUUCUGAUUAAAAGCUCACUUUCCAUUAAUCUUUCCAACGUGCAAAAAUGCUUUGUUUUGAGAAAAGGUUGCCUAUCCAUUAGAAACACCUCAAUCGUCGCGAAAUCAUUUUUUCCUGAACAAAUCAUGGAUGCGUCAAAUUCGUCCACCUCCUUCAAAAUACAGUAUAUGACGUGUAUUUCCGUGUUUUACACAUUCGCUCUUUUAUGGCAAAUUAAGGCCAGGCCAAAGUUACUAUCCAUCUUUGACUAAACCUGUGCAAAGACUUUCUCAGAGCCUUGGCCAAACUAAUCUGGAUGAUCCCAUACUUUGUUUGUCAAUAUUAGCCUGGGGCUGUUAACUUGAGACAUUUUUCUACUACCUUGCAUUGGUUGUACCCACUUAUGUACACUGUAGCGCUGAAACUCUCGACCAAAUAUUAUAUAACAAGAGCCUUGCUUAUGUUAUUUUCGACAUUUUGAAGAGGGUUGAGCUUAUGCAACUUUCCACCUGUUUCGACUUGGUUUUCACAAACCUGCUGCCCCUUCUAUAAAAUUCUUAAACCUAAGCCUCCCACAGAUCAAUACUGCUUGACAUGAACUUCCGCUAUUAAUGAGAACUAUCACUAAUCUUAAAAACUUUUUGCAUCUAAAACCGUCCAAUAUUGCUAGUACAAGGGAACUAUGACCUUCUGAGAGUUAGAGUCUGGGUAAUUCCUUUACUUACGUAAGCAAGCAAAAUGCACUACACUUACCGUAUUUCCUCUACAGAACGCCGCGGCGUUCAUUACAAAGUCCGACUUUUGAAUGCGGCGUUAAAUAGAAGGCGGCGUUUAAAAGAGGGCAUUCAUUUAUCAGAGAGCUGUGUUUUUCACAAAUUGUUGGAUGAAGGUGCCGGGUUCAAUAGAGGGUGGCGUUCAUUAGAGGAGAUACGGUAAUGAAAUGUUGGUUCUGUGAGCAUUUAAUCAGGCUGUUUCAUUAAACUGUGACAUUACAUUUCUUUAUGUUUUGAAGUGUGUCACUUCUAAAGACCGUUGUCCUUCAAUUUCCUUUUAAAUUUCUUGUGCUGUUUCGAAUGCCAGGCUUUUCUAACGUUUGAACAAUCCAGCUGUAAUAAUGAUGUAAAAUUCAUAUAUAUUGUUGUACACGUAAACAAAAAUUAGCGAGCAGUUGUUUGAAGCAUAAUCAAUAGAAAAAACUCUGGUCUGAAAGCCUAUUGCUCUGUUCUUUUGUUCUCAUCUAGUCUUGGAAAACACUUUUAUUCUAAUCACGUGACCUAAGUAGAAGAACAAGAUGAAACAUUCUCUAACCUCGCAAUAGCAGAUGCAGACAGUUUCGUUAAGCCCAGCGCACACAGGCGACCAAUGUGUUUCAAAAGCAAUAAUAUUUUGGCUUUUGACAAAGUCGCUCAUUUACACGGGUCAGAGACAAAGAUAUUCUCCGUUUCAAAGUCUGUCUUCGCGAUUGAAAUACUUACUUUCAAAAAACCAUUUCUCAACCCGAAAACAGCUGAUAGCUGAUUAAAUGUGGGUGCAAAAAAGUUGAAACUGAUUGAUCUAUUGCUUUUUCAUCUAUCAAAUUUUCGACUAAAUGCCUCUUCGUUGAAUAUAUUUUUGUUCUGUCCUCUUCGUUGACUCUUUCUUAAUUUAUUAAGCCAAAUAAAUAUAUUAUCUCUGGUAAUGGUUCUUGCACAUUGGCGUAGCGGAUGUAAAAGUUUUGGGGGGCCAAGCAUGGAUCUCCCCGAAAAUCGUUUCUUCAUUGAGAUAGAACUGUCCGAAUGGAGCCCGAAAUGUGACAAAUUUUGUCUGAUAAGGGGAGCUGCAACUAUCCCAGCCCAUUUUUCCCCACGCCGAUGUUCUCACAAACAAUAACAUCUUCAGAUUUAAUUUGACGCAUAAAUAAUUGUUUACAGUCGUGUAUUUCUUUUUAUACCGUUUAUCCCGAGUAAGAGUGAUGACUAAAAUGCCUACAGCCCUGAACUGCACAUUAUGAGCUUGCCAUUUUCAUAAUAUCAGCACAGAAUAGAUUGUAAAAUUACCAACAUUCUCGAGAAACAAUCAAAACUCAACACGCAUUCCCUUACUUAGGCCACAUGAUUGCAAUAAACACGAACAAAGGCUUCCAGACCAGAUUUGUUCUAUUGAUUAUGUUUGAAGAGCCUAACUCAAAGUGUUGCCAAUCCAGGCUGGCUAUUGUAUAGUUGCCCCAGUCAUACUGGAAGCCCUCUUAAGGUGCAAACACGGAAGUUCAAGGCAUAAUGAUGUCAAGUUAUUAAAAUGGAAUGAAUUAUCUGAGUCAGGAUGGCUUUAAAACCCUGGUAUAACGCUACGUGCUGCUCCUAUUUCCUUCCCCAGAUUUAUAGUAGCUUAAUUGAAGGGCCACUCUGUUCCAAGAAUUUUUUCUGAGAUUUCUGCAUAAAUUGGUAGCUGGUCAUGAGUCUGGAGCUUACGUAAGUCUAUUUUUUCAAAGUCUCUACUUGUUUUCUUCAUAUAGAUGCGUGAAUUCUGGCAUGGCAAAACGUACCAAAUCUGGUGCGUUGAUUAAGCGUUCGUUUCUAGACAUGAUGGUACCGAUCUGACAGAUUGCUAUAAUUGACAUAAUUGCUAGAAUGAUUAUAUCAUAUAAAUAUAUAAUUCUAAGGUUCAGGUUUACUAUAUCGAAGUUUGGUAUUUUAUCAAAAAGAUUUAUCCUUUUUAACUCUUAUCUGUAUAUGUUUGUUGUCAUAUUGAUGAUUAUUUGAGCUUGUUAUCAAAAUGUUACUUUGUUUGUUCAAGAUUUGUUAACCUAUUAAUUACUACCAGAAUGCAUAGCGUGUGGCAAAACUUGUGACGUAAUAAUGGGAUCGGUCUAUUUCUAAGACAGACCAAUGUUAGCUGGACUUGAUGGUCAACGAACGAAUAACGACCCCCCCCCCCCCAGUAUUGACAAUGUUGCAGCCCUUGACCCUUGUGCAUUAAUUGUAAGGCUGAUGCAGCUCAAGAGAUGCCCGCAUAUCGUAUUAAUAAAUUGGUUGCUAGUGGUGCAUUCAUGAUACAUACUGAUGAUCUAUAGGGAUUUCUCCCUUAUUAUGAGUUUUAAAAACUAAUGUAAACUUACACUUUUGCAUAUUCGAAAAACACUCUUGUAUCUGCCACUAAUUCCCAAAGCAAUACCAAGCGGUCCCUUGGCGUUAAAGAUUACUAUUUAUUAAGAGCAUGGAGGGACUGCUAGCAAAUGCUAUUAAUUCAGAGAUUUUGCACAGUGAUCUUGUCUAAGAUUGCUCAUCGUCGUCUUUGUUUUAUAAAGUAAGCUCAAUCUUGUUGUCCAUUCAUUAAAACAAAAGAAGGAAGGUAGACAGUUUUUUGAGAGUUAGUAAACCCCCUUUUAUGUUGCAUAAAUAGAACAUUUUGAGAGGAUUAUAUUGUUUGAUACCACGGCAUAUUGGGGGAAGAUGGCAAUAGAAAUAGCUACGUAUUUGGAGUGAUCAUGGCGGCAUCUUUGCGUUCAUGCAUUCCAUAUCAUUCAAAUAUGCAUUAAAACCUCACGAAUCGUUACUUUAAAGCCCUGGAAGCUGUGUUGGAUAAACUUG